AUGAAGCUAGUAGCUCCCCAUCAAGAUGAUCAACAAGCAAGGAAAUACAGAUCAAGAAAAGUAAGACCAUGCGAUACUUGCCGUAAGCGAAAAAUUGCCUGCUUUCGUCAAGGUGAUGAAGCUUGUUCAACUUGCAAAGUCCGCAAAUUGAACUGUACUUAUGAACUAGCACCCUUGAAAAGGGUGAGAAGAGGAAAACAAAUUCCUAUGAAUGAUAAACCUGUUUUCGAUACGCUACUUCAAAGAUUGGAGAUCCAGAAUUUUUUACCUGAUAAAUCGUCUUUGCAUUUGGUGGCUCCUACAAUUAGUGAAUCUAAUGACGAUAACACCUUAGAUAGACACCAUGGUAGAACAAGCCUUUUCCUAGGCUUUACAGGAGACAUUGAUCCUUGGAUUUUGAAAGGAUUAAAUAUAUACGAUACUUCUAACUACAGAGCUCCUUCAAAAAGUCAGCCAAUAUAUUUUUCAUUAUGUCCCACAGAGUAUCUCGAUCCAGUGCCUGAUAGAUACAAUUGUGCAAAAGUAAAUUCAGUGAUAUACCCUUUUCUGGCACGUCUUAUUGGCUUGUUUUUUGAGAAUAUCAACCCUUCGUUUCCAAUAAUAAAUCAACGUAUCUUCUUCAAUCAAAGAACAUGCUCAACGUUGCUCUCGUCGGUUUACGUUAAAGCACUACAACACUUAAAUAUAGGAGAAGAGACAUCUCGACAAGAAUAUUUACUUCGCGACUUUACUAUACGCUCUCUACCUUUAGAGUUUAGUAGCGCAACUUUACAGACGGUGCAAGCUACACUUCUACAUCUCCAAUUUUAUCCUAUAUUAAUUCGUGAUGCUAACAGUCCGCAUGACUGGUUGUUUACUUCUUCACUAGUAGCGAUAUGCCAGCAACUUGGGCUCCACCUUGAUCCGACAUUAUGGGACAUACCUAUCUGGGAAAAGCGACUCCGUAGACGUCUUUGGUGGGCUACUUUUAUUCAGGACAAGUGGGAUAGUUUUGGCUUAUCAAGACCAAGUCAUAUUCAUGAUGACGAUUUCAAUGUCGCUAUAAUCACCAAGGAUGAUUUUCUAAAUGAUCGACACGAAAUGACAUCUGAUAUAUCUUCUUCUUAUGUUCAGGGAGUCGCAUUAGUGAUUGCAAUGGCUCAUUUAACGACAGUUAUCAGUAAGAUAUUGAAUAAUUUCUUCUCUGUACGGAAGAUACUCAAUGACCCACAAGAGCCUAAUGAAAUCAUGACAGUAGGAAUGCAAACGAUUUCUGAAACCAAGUCUAUAGAAGAAGUUUAUUUUCCGAAGAGCAGACCACAUCCCUCACUUGGUGGGUCCUGGAUUUCACUUCAUAUUGCUAAAGUUGCGAUAAUAGCAUCUUGUUGCAAGCAUCUUUUAAAUUCCACCAAAGAUUGUUUCUCGUCUGCAAAUUCUAUUUUUUAUUCAACCAUUCAAGAGUUUAAUAAAAUUCUAAGCGGGAUUGAAAUUGGGCAACUAAAUACUAAUUGGUGGAGUUACUCUCGCUUGAACUUGAGUAUUAUUGGAUCAACUAUCUUAGCAUUCUAUGUUGCUAGUGGGAUGAAUAACUCCUGGAGCACAAUCGUUUACGAAUUUAAGAGUCAUUUAGAGUUGAUCGCUAGACUAUCAAUGAUUCUGAAGUUAGCAUUAUUGAGAUAUGAAAAGAUAUUGAGAAUUAUUGAUAAUACCAAGAAACAAAGCGUCGAGGAGAUUGUCAUGGAGAACGAAAAUUUAGAUCCUGCCUCUGAAAGCAAGAAUGCUGUCAAUGAGUUGGUAAACUAUGGAAUGGAAGAUGAUUUCUUGGAUUGGCUUACCAAUGAUAAAUUCCUGCAAAAUGAAUUGUCACAGCCGAAUUGA